AUGAAUUUUCUCAAAUUGCUCAGCUUCUUGACUCUUGUCGCGGCAAACCCAUACGAAGACUUCCGAAAGCGACAGUCUUCAAGUCCUGUGGAUAUGUUUAUGUCACAAAAAAGAGAUAUUGGAAAUACAAUGUACGAGUAUAUGCUAAAUAAUGGUGUCGAAAAACGAAUGUCGAAAUGGAUGAGAAACAAGCUCGCAAGACCGCGACGAGAAUCUCGCAAUAUCCAAAGAACGGAGCUUCCGAAAUUCCCGAUGCUCAUGGGCUAA